AUGAAAGGGAAGGCUUGCCUGGUUCAGUUCAUUUACUUGUUUAGCACUGCGCGCAUCUUGGGCAGUGUUUCUGCUCCGAGUGUGAAGCACAAGGUGCAUAGUCCAUUUGUCAGCGAUGCGCGAAGACAUUCUCAUGAAGUGGCAGGAGUGGAGGUCUCACAAGACGGAAGCGUGCAGAGAACCAUCGUGCGAGGAAACAAAGCUGGGGAUGAAGAAAGCAGCAAGAAGGAUGCAAAUGUUAUAGCUGCUACGGCGGCGGUCAAUGUGGUGGCUGCAGCAGAAACUGCAAGAUCGUCUAGUGAUUCAGACCUGGAUGGGGGCGCAGACCUCCAGGUCCAGACCAGCUCUGCUCCAGAGGUUGAAGAAGUUGACGAGGAAGAGACCACCUCGCAGCCUUCCACCACAAGGGCUACAAGCACAGCUCCCACUACUACCUCCACAACGCGCGCUGGUGAAGUCAGCGCCGGGCAGGAUGUUGACUGCCAAUGGGAGACUUGGGUAGAGUGGAGUGCCUGCCAGUUUACAUGUGGUGGAGGCGAAUCCAUUCGAACUCGCAAAGUACGGCAGAUGGCGCAGGGCAAUGGCGCUGCAUGCGACAACAACGACAAAGAAACUCGUGACUGCAGCACUAACCCCUGCCCAAUUGAUUGCGUUUGGGACGAGUGGGCUCCCUGGGGCAGCUGCUCUGCAUCAUGUGGGCUUGGCAUGAAGGUCAAGACACGUGAGGAGAGCCAGCUUGCAGAGUACGGAGGCAAGCCUUGCCUCGGAAAUUCCACAGCGACGGCUGAAUGCCAGGCCAAGAUCUGCCCUAUAGACUGCAAAUGGAGCGAUUGGGGAGACUGGGAAGGCUGCUCCAAGUCUUGUGGCGUUGGUGAGAGGUCGAGGUAUCGAAGUUAUGCGCAGAUCAAGAAUGCGGAGGGCAAAGAAUGCGCUGGGCAGAACCUCCAGACAGAGAACUGCGGCAUGAAUACUUGUCCUGUUGACUGCGCCAUGGAAGAUUGGCAGCCGUGGGAGCCGUGCGAUGUGACAUGUGGAGAGGGCACCAUGCGGCGGGAACGCAAAGUGCUGACCUUACCAGUGUUUGGUGGCGAGCGCUGCGGCGCCAUCUCAGAAAACAAAACUUGUGACAACGGCCUGUGCCCAGUUCACUGCCAGCUUAGCGAUUGGACCCAGUGGGCAGACUGCAGUAUCAGUUGCACAACAGAUGGGCAACCAGGAUCUACAAAACGCUUCCGCAAUGUAGUCCAGCACAAGAAUAUGCUCGGAGAUGAUUGUGUCGGCGAGCUUGAACAGACUACAACUUGUAGCCCAGUCCAGUGCCCAGUGGACUGCAAGAUGUCUGAUUGGACUACUUGGUCUGACUGCAGCAGCACCUGCGGGCCUGGAGCAGUCGAACGCCAGCGGGACAUAGCAGCCGCUGCUCAAUAUGGAGGUAGAGAAUGCCUAGGAGAUGCAAACGAAACUUAUCAGAAACGAUACUGCUCGCGAGAUACAUGCCCAGUAGACUGCCAGUGGAGCGAUUGGCAGGAUUGGCGUGCUUGUUCGGUGACAUGUGGGUCUGGAAGCAGCUACCGAAUGCGGUUAGUUCAAACACCCGUGCUGCACGGGGGCAAGGAUUGUGAUGGUGGCUACCAGCAGACUCGCGCAUGCAAUCCUGCAUCGUGCCCCAUCCAUUGUGAGUGGGCAGACUGGACAGCGUGGGGAAGCUGCAGUAGCACUUGCGGAGAUGGCACAGAGAAACGAAGCCGAGAUAUUCGGGUUCGAGCCGAUUUCGGUGGACGCCCCUGCUCCGGAGCAGCCUAUGGCAACAGGAGCUGUGACAACAAGGCCUGCCCGGUUGAUUGUGAGUGGGCAGACUGGGCUGCGUGGGGCAGUUGCUCUGCAUCCUGUGGGACCGGCGUGCAGACCCGCCAGCGAGAGCAGAGUGUUCCUGCACAGCAUGGCGGCAGUGAUUGCGCUGGAUCUGCUAAGGAGUCAGUUGCCUGCCCAGACCUACCUGCCUGCCCAGUGGAUUGUGAAUGGGACGAUUGGACGCAGUGGGAAGGAUGCUCCGUCACAUGUGGCUCCGGGUUUGCUCGACGGAGCCGUACAAGGAGGCUUUAUGAGAAGAAUGGUGGUCAUAUCUGCUAUGGAACUGAGGAUGACGAGCAAGUAUGCGCGCAGGGUCCAUGUCCUGUUGAUUGCGUUCUGGGAGAUUGGGGCCGUUGGUCAGAAUGCUCCGUUACAUGUGGAUCAGAUGGCCAGCAAACACGAUCUCGCGGAAUCUUGGUUCAGGGAGCACUGGGCGGCAAAGCCUGCAACACAGAUGAUCUGCUUGAAGCUUCAGGCUGUGAGGACGUUCCGUGCCCCAUCCACUGCGAGUGGGCGACAUGGGGCGAGUGGAGCAAGUGCACCAAAGACUGCAAUGGUGGUACCACUUUCAGACACAGGUCUGAAAACGUGUCCGCACAACAUGGGGGCCGCCAGUGUGAAGGUUCUGCUGACGAGGAGAUGGUGUGCAACGCGCAUGGUUGUGCGGUCGAUUGUAAGUUCGAUGACUGGACAGAAUGGAGUGAGUGUUCGAAGAGCUGCAGCACGGGAAACAGGACAGCAACUCGGACACUUAUUACGCCAGCGCAGUGGGGUGGUCAACCUUGCGACGGUGGAAUCUUCAAGACCGAGUAUUGCAAUGAGCAACCCUGCCCUGUGGACUGUGUUUGGAGUGACUGGUCACGCUACUCUCUUUGCUCGAAGACAUGUGGGGGCGGGAACAUGGAAAGAACACGUGGCUCGACCCGAGAGCUUUAUGGCGGCAGAGCUUGCAGUGGACCGGACAAGGAGUCCACGCCAUGCAACACUCAGGGGUGCCCUCAGGACUGUGAGUGGGGCCAAUGGACUACAUGGACACCUUGCUCCAAGGAAUGCGGCGGGGGCUCUAUCAAGAGAUUCAGGGAUGUCGUUGUGAAGCGUGCCUUUGGUGGAGAGCCAUGUGUCGGUGCUUCAGAAGAGGAAGCAGGCUGCAAUUUCGAUGCUUGCGCCAUUGAGUGUGAAUGGAAUGAUUGGGAGCCUUGGAGUCCUUGCCCAGCCACCUGCAAUGGAGGCGUUCGCACCAAGAGUAGAACCCGGAAGCAGGAAGCUUCUGCCGGAGGAAGGCCUUGCGCCGGAAAUCGCACUGAGAGUGAAAGAUGCAACCCAGCUCCCUGCCCUGUGGACUGCACUUUCGAGCUCUGGCAAGAGUGGGGCGAUUGCUCAGCUAGCUGCGGUGUGGGCUCCCGUUUCCGCACCCGAGUCAAGAAGGCAGAGCUGUACGGCGGAGCGCCAUGUCAGGAUGUGAUGUGGGAGGUGGGUGAGUGCAGCAACCCCGAAGAUGACAUCAACUGCCCGCACUCAACCUCUAGCACCACUACAUCUUUGACAUUACUUCAACUUCCUAACGGAGAGCUGGGCUGGAGCCACUUGCACAACGUGUGGGAGCCACAUGUGGACCGUGGCCCUUUGGAUAUUCCACUCAAUGAGGACCUAGACAAGAAUUUUUCGAUCAGCAAAGAUCCCAGCUACAAGGGCGCACCGUACAAGCCGACGAUCCCUUGCCCAAAAGACAAGCUGAACCAGUCGCUGGAAAUUUAUGAGAAGCUAAAGUUCCAGCAGCCAAAUUUGGCGAAAUUGUCGAAUGCGACGCAGGCAGACGCCAUGCAAGUAAUUGACGAGAUAAUCCAGAACAUCACGGGGGAGGUGCCACAGGUGAACUACACGUACAACGAAGUUGUCCUGAAGCGAACAACCUCUCCCCCUACGACAGUACCACCAUCUCCGACUGCAGUGGAGCGCACCGGAAGACUUGACCUCUCGGACAACAGCGUGAAAGAAGUGCUGGACAUCUUGGAAGCCCUGCCCAGCAAGAGUACAGACGUGGAGAAGUUUCUGGAGCAGGUCAAGCAGAAUCUCUCCGGAUCGAGACCAUUCCAGGCCACGCACAACUUCUCAGAUUAUUUAUCGAAAGAGGCAGCUGAAGCACCGGACACCCCAGCUUCGAAAAAUUUCACGCAAGUGUUCGAGACUGGUGACAGCUCCAAGGACGGCAGGACAGUGGUUGCUGAAGUUGCAGGGGACCUGGGUCUGGACGUGAUGGAGGCAGAUGACUUUGCUGGCAAUCCAGCUGUCUCAGCUGCCAUGGCAAAGGCACUUGCCAGCUUGGCCGGUACAGAGAGCAAGGACGUCAAGGUCGAUAUCACAAUUCCGCAGGCGAUGCUGCUGUCACACUGGCAGAAGAAAGUCAAAGGAAAUGUGAAUGUGGCGUACAUGAUUGAGGUGUACAAGCAAGAUGCAAACGAGGGCAACGCAUCGCAAGUUGCAUCAAGAAUCUCAAGCUCGGACAUCAACACAGUAACAUCAGAAGCCAGACGACAGGUGACAGCUGCUGGCCAGAAUUUUACGCUCAGGGCGGUCAGCCUGAGUGUCACGAUCUUGCCCGUCAGUACUGACGGCAGCAUUGACGUGCUGCCUAGUUCUACUGAAGCGGCGGUGGGGGACAAUUCCUCUCUGGUGGAGGAUGCUGUGCCCACUGCAAUGCUAGACGGGAAAGCCAAGGCGCCAAAAAGCGCCAAAGCAAUGAUAGAGACUGCGCAGCAGGUGAAAGCAACAAAGGUAUUGGCCCAAGCCUGGAUUACUUCUCAAGAUGAGGCCCUCUUGUGA